CGACGACAGACCGCUUGACACUUUACAUUUCUCAGCAGACGUCGCACUCUUGUACAAACUUACAAUAACUUGCUAAACAAUGGAUCUGAUCCACUAUAGUCCAAAUCUACCAGCCGUCUCAAACCGGACACCAUGGAAGCACCUCUGGAUGUGAGACUAUCAUGGGAAUGCUGCCAUUACCAAUGCAGAACUAAACUGGGAAUUUUUCUCUGCUGGAGGCACAGAUUUUAGGAUGACAACUCAGUAGCCGCGAUUCAGUCGUCAAGAUGAACCCUUCCUCUCUGGACUGGUCCAUUCAGAGCGCCCUGUCGUCUCUUUUCCCUCCGUUUGAGGCUACCGCUCCUACUGUUCUCAGCCAACUCUUUCGCACCAUUGAGGAACGUUACCAUGGAGAUGCACUGCAGUGCCUGCUGAACUUCCUUAUCCCAGCCAAACAUAUCCUAGAGAGUGUGCAACAAGCAGCCUGUGCUGCAUACUCCGAUGUGCUGUUCCGGUGUGAGGGUUGGCCAUUGUGCCUGAGAGAUCGUGUGGUGAUCCAACUCGCCCCUAUCAACCCUUUACUGCUCCGACCUGGAGAUUUCUACUUGCAGGUGGAACCUUUUGGAGAACAGUCAGCCCGAAUCGUCCUCAAAAGUCUUCUUGUGCAGGAAGACCUCUUGGGGCAUGAGAAUCUGGUGCUGCAAGCCGGUUCCAGGUUGCUGGAGGGUACUGCAAUUGAGGGGACUCCCAUUCCUGAGACAUCUUAUCCAUGCAUUUUCACGGAGUCUUGGCUAAGGGAAAUAAAUGAGGGACGUCAUGGAAAUCCUCUAUGUCAGUGUGUGCUUUCCUCUGACCAGGGGGUUGUGAAGGUACCCUGGACCGAAGUUGCCAACCCAGAAUUCCAUGACAGGCCCAAAUCUAACAUCUGGCCUGAAACAAAGCCAUGCUCAACUCCAACUCUCCGUGUGAAAGAUCUUAAAACUGAGAUUUCGAAGAACGAGUCACAGGUACCUAUAGGCCUUUUAACGCUUGAUAUGGAAACUAGGAUCCUUCCAGCAAAUGAUGGGAUGGCGGUUUCUGUUCAGCUAGUGGACGGUGGCAGCAGAUUGGUGAAGGUUGACCAAGGACAUCCAAUAAGCAGUUUUGCUGGAAAACCUGUUGGCUGGGUAUCUCCUAAUACCUGGGACAGCAGGCACAACCGAGAGCUGGAAGGAGAAUAUGUGGAUCUUUUAGAGUUCAGCCAGGAGAAAGAGACUUUGGUCCUCAACAAAAUAGCAAUGCCCACAAAACCACUGGGCUUCAAGUUAGUCAGGACAACUCAACCUGCCCCAAAAAGUAAUGUUAACAUGUGUGAAGAGGACUGCAAUCCUUGUAUGCAAAACAAACCACCUGAGAGCAUGCAAAACGAUCCAGAAUCCAAAUGCAGGUAUCGGCAGUCUUACAUGGCAGCUCUCCGAAACCCUGUGAAUUUUGAGAGAACAAGUAUGCUACGUUCCCUAGAUGAAACAAGGACAGAUGUAGGGGAGGUUGAGCCAAGCUGUGAAGGAUACAGAGUUGGCCUUAGACUUAAACCUUUGAGUUGUACAUUUGGCCAGACACCAAACCAAGCAGACAGAAACCCGAUGCAAUCCUUUGAGAACUCAGUCCAACAAAAGCAAAGCCCAAAGAACUCAAGUCAGAGCAUACCUCAUGACUGUAGUUCAAGGGAGAAUGCGGAGUCUUCUGACCAACAUAUGACCCAACAGCUCCUUAGCAUGGUCCAAGCAAGACAACAACACAAGUCAUUCCUCACUGGGCAACAGGAUCUUCAUCAGACUGUACUAGGAACUAAGGCACUACCCAACAAAAGGCAGCACUGUCUUAACAACUCUUUUAGACAAGAUUCAUUUCAAAUGCGGACUAGCGGCCAGAAACACGCCAAAGCCCAACACUUACCCAAAAUGGGACUCAGGGCUUUACCUGACCACAGUGGUCACAGACAAGAUGCUAAUCUAUGUUUGCAGGGUUUCAAUCCAAUUCAGCUAACACAGGCCUCCAGACAAACACCUCCUCUAUUUGAGCCCCAGUUCAGUCAGAUCCUGUUCCAAAAUGAGAACAGGCCUUUGGAUUACAAAGUCUUCUGUGAUGACAGACACAGUGGAAGAGGCUCAGGUUCACCUGUACAGGUGAUCAAAGUUAAAAGCAGGUCUAAAUCCCGCUCAUCCUCUUCAGUCUCGGAAACAACCAAAGAGUGUCUGCAAUCGCACAAGCCAACCAACAGAAGCCGCAGUGAUGUCUAUCCAGAAAUCAUUCCCAUGUUGCCUGCUAUCCAGGGAAUAAAACACACAGCUAAUUUGGUGUCCCCAAAAUUAAACAGACGACAAGAAGCAAGAAAGGAAGUCUACUCAUCUGGAAAGGCUGGAACUCCAGCUGUUAAUGGAGUAGAGCUCCAGAAAUCAGACGCUGAUCAGCUCUUGACUGGCCAGCCUGAGAAUGGAGUUCAGGCAACUUUAUUUUCCCAGGACCCCACAAUCAAAAGCCUUCUCCAGCUAGGCAUCAUCUGUUUACCGGGCGGUCGUGACAGAGCUGGCCGGGCUGUGGUUGAGGUCUACGGGGGCAGGAAAGGCUGGGCGUCCUCUCAACUUUCUCCUCAUGAGUUCUGCAGACUGUUGCUCUACCUGCACUCCAUUCCCAGGAUGGAGGUCAGAGAACUGGGACUGACCGUAGUGAUUGACAGCAGGAAGUGCCCUCUGCCCUCUGUGUUCUACAAAUCCCUGCUCAUGGUUCAGGAGCAGGCCCUUCAUGCAGUGCACACUAUCUUGAUGCUUGUUGAUAAAGACGCAAAUCCUCGACCGGAAAAACAACCUGGUCUACAGAUAGAUGUUGUGACGUCACUAAAAGCUCUCCAUAAGACAGUUGAUGGACAGCAGUUGACCUCUGACCUUGGCGGAUCCUUCCCUUACAGUCAUGAAGACUGGCUACAGUUUCACCAGAAACUUUCUCUCUUUCGACUCGACCUACAAGCAGCAUCAUCAUUACUGCAGACAGCAAUCAGGAGACUUGAUGUUAAAAAAACUGAUACCGCAAAGGAUGUCCAGUCCUGCAUCCAGGAGCAGAGGAGUUCCAUGAAGAUGGUGCUUGAAGACACACGAUUGGUCGCCCUCCAAAGAGAAGGCGGGUCUAUUCUCGCCAGGAUGAGGAAGGAAGAGUCUCGAUUUGCUCAGUCUGAAGACUUCAGGGACUCUCUGGAGUCUGUGACGUGUCUGUAUAACCAGAUGGAAGAGGCCGUUCACACGCUAGUGAUGAAAUCUAACCAGUCACUGCAACAUCUCGAACAUGUUCUUCGGUUGAGAGAAGCAGAAGACUCGCUCAGCACAAUCCAAAAAUGGUGUGAUGCAGAGGAGCAGUCAUGGCAGAAAGACAAAGAUGACACAGAGAAAACUCUGCUGAAAAUAGAGCAGAGACUACAAGAUGUUCAGUCUGUUCUUAUACGAGCAAAGGAGAAAAAAGAAAAAGGGAUGUUGUUGAUAAAGGAAGUGGAGAGGAAAAGCAAAGGAAUAUAUUACCCUGAAACCAAGGCUUUUGGUUGUAAAGCCACCACUUUCAAAACCAACGUGACCGGGUUUCUCUUGAAAGCUGAGGAGCGUAAAUCUGAGCUGGAGACGUCUGUCGAUCUCUAUCGUUUCUGUGAAGAGGCCUCAUCUCUUGUCAAAGAGUGUAUGGAGUAUUUAGAACACAUACAGAGCACAAACUCUCCCGUGUGUGCCUCAUCUCUUGUCAAAGAGUGUAUGGAGUAUUUAGAACACAUACAGAGCACAAACUCUCCCGUGUGUGUCUGCUUGAGCACACUGAAGGCUUUUGAGGAGCGUUUCAAAGACUUCUCGCCCCAGCACUUUCAGGACAAGAGCUCGGCGCUGCUGGAGAGGCACCCGGAUGGGAUAUGGAUGUGGAAUGCGGUCUGGGCUCAAUGCCGAGACAUCAGACAGCGGCUCACUGAGAUACUGCAGGCCUCUUAUAGAAAUCAAACGCCUCUGGGAUCGCCACAAAAGGACAGCGCGGCGGCCCGCUUGAAAGGGCCGACCCUGAGCGUAAUUACAACUAGCCUUGGAGAAAAUGAACAAACAAACCCUGCUGGCGGUCGUACUGAGACUCGAAAUAGUCUUGUUGGACAAGGUGAUAAUGAGACAGUGACGCAUUUCCACCUUCACUGUGAGCCUGUGACGAGAGAAACAUCACCGUCUUCAAACUCUGACCCGAUAAUGACCCAAAACACGCAGAAGGAACUGAAUCUUCAACAGCCAAAAGAGGAAGGAAGAGGUCAACAUUUCCACCAAAGCAGAAGCAAAGUUUUCACAUCACACAAUGGACCGACGACGCAAUUAAGGACGUGUCUUCGCAUAUACUCUCACAGCGACAGUGAUCUGAGAAAGUCAGACCGGGUCACUGAGGUCAACCACUCGCCACAUUAUACAGCCCUGGUCCGCUCUCGAAGCGAAGGCUCUUGUCUGCCAAUCACCAACUAUCAUGUUUCUGUUUGCAAAACUGCAGUCAAGCACAAAGUCCAGAUGUGUGCAGCUUCCGGUCAAGAGAGCGACUCAAGCAGAGCUUCAUGGGAUGGACAGAGCUCUAAACUGUCUCACCAGGACAGCUUCUGUUCCAGCGCUUCUGGACUGAGCCAAAGCGACGUCAAUGAGAAGUUCAGCAGUGACACCAAAUCUGACGAGCAGAGCUUGAUUUCACCAGCGACACGCUCAGAUCUUCCAGUCCAAACGCAGGACGAGCGCAUGCUGGAUCACAGCAGCACUGUACUUAAACUCCAGUGCAUCAUGGAGGAGCUGCUUCAGACGGAGAGAGAGUAUGUGAGAGCGCUGGGGUACGUGGUGGAGAACUACAUGCUGGAGCUGGAGCGUCCCGACGUGCCUCAGGACCUGCGGGGACAUAGAGGAUGCAUCUUUGGGAACCUGGAGAAGCUGCGAGACUUUCACCAGCAUCACUUCCUUCAGGAGCUGGAGCUGUGUCUGAAGGAGCCCUUCUGCGUCGGACGCUGCUUCCUGAAACACGUGAUAAUUUUAGUUCAAUCAUGUGAAUUGCAGCAGAAGCAGCAGCUGCUGGGUGAUAAGAUGGAUCUGUCCUCGUAUCUGCUGAAGCCGGUGCAGCGCAUCAGUAAAUACGGGCUGCUGCUGCAGGACAUGCUGCGUGAGUGUGAGACCGGAGCGCACGCGGGACACGAGCGGCUCGAGAUACAGACCGCGCUGAACAUCAUCCAGUUCCAGCUCCGCCACGGCAACAACCUGCUCGCCAUGGACGACCUUCAGGACUGUGAUGUGAAUCUGAAGGAACAGGGCCAGCUAGUCCGUCGGGACGAGUUCCUGUUGACCUUCAGGAAGAAGAAAUGCUACCGUCACAUCUUUCUCUUCCAAGAUCUCAUACUCUUCAGCAAGACACGCAGAACCGACGUUGGGAAUGACACGUACAUCUACAAACAAUCCUUCAAGACUUCAGACAUCGGUAUGACCCAUAAUUUCGGUGACAGCGGGCUGUGUUUUGAGAUCUGGUUUCGAAGGAGGAAGUCUCAGGACACGUACAUCCUUCAGGCACCGAGUCGAGAAGUGAAGGAGAACUGGACCAGAGACCUGGAGAGGAUCCUGUGGGAACAAGCCGUCCUCAACAGAGAGAUCCGUAUGCAGGAGAGGGUGUUCAUGGGAAUCGGUCAUAAACCCUUCAUGGAUAUCCAGCCCAGUGAGAUGGCCAUCAAUGACCGAGCCGUCAACUGCUCUCCCACAGGACGAGGUGGGAUUCCUGUCCUCCGGCUGAAUUCUGUCGGCUCGGCCAGCUAUACGUCAUCCUCUGGAAGCCAUUCGUCCUCCUCUGGGUGGGGAUCCACGUCUCCUGUGGGUCAUCUGAUCAAUCCUAGCGGAGGAGAUGUUGUCCGGUACAUCCACGGGACCUCAGGGAUCCUGGAGGAAGAUGAUUUAGACCAGGAGAGCGGAAACCAGAGUACACUGGUGGAGAGUUCGGUGUCCUCAGGAGAAAGUGUUAGUUGCUUUAGCAGUUCUGGUCACAGCUGCUCAUCUGUGAUUGGUGGAGACUAUGAACACACCCAAUCUGAGGCGCCUGUCAUUGGUGUGAAAAAAGCGUGUGCCCACACCCACGAAUGUAGCGUGAAACCCACUAACCCACCAGGCCAAACCAGGGACCAUAUGUGCACCACAGUUCAAGGGACAAGCAUCAUAGGAAAGUCAACUGAAGUAUAGCCCAUCAUGUAUGUUUAUACUGUAAUAGCGUCAUGCUUUUAUGUUAUCAGGCCCAUCCUUUUUACCUUUUAUACCUAUCAAUCCUGUGAAACUCUAAAAUAAAGUUU